AUGGACAAUUUAACUUUACCAGAAAACAAUUCUUCAGUUCAACUAUUGUUUUCUCCCCAUUUUUCUUCAAAUGAUUUUAUUUUUGCUGAAGUGGAUAAGAAUUUAGUUAAUUAUCUUUUAAAUGGAAAUGAAAUUUAUAUACGAGGAUACAAUUCUGAUGAAAUUGUUUUGUGUACAAAAACAGAAACAUUUUGUUGUAAAGAACUUGAAGUUUCAAAUUUUUUGCUUAUUUUAGAGGAUACAAAUGCCUUAAAUGAAGUGGACUUAUCUGAAGAAUUAUCAAUUUCGAACAAUUUGAAUAUUAUGUCAGUUACAAAUAAAUUUCUUGAAACUUCACGGAUUCGACCAAAUUUAACUCAAAAAUUGAAAGAAUUAUUUAAUGACCAUAAAAUUGAAUUGUUUACAAAGGAUGGAUGUUCUGCAAAUUUUGGAAUUUCUUUGGAAACUAUUUUGUGUUGUAUACAAGCUAGUGAAGAAGAAUUAAUCAACAAAUUGGGAGAACUCCUUGUUAUUGAAUUAGAGGGAAAAUUCUAUUGGAUAAGCAACGAAUAUAUUGUGAAGUUUAUUGAAAAAAUUGCUGAAGCUGUUGACAAUGCUGGUAAAGAUGAAAUUUCAUACUUUUCAAAAGAUGAUUUGCUUCAACUUAUUUUUUUGGAAAAUAUACAGAUGGAGACAAUUGACUGGGUUUUGAACAAUUUUUGUGAUAAAAAUGGUUUUUGGUUUAAUUUAUAUUUUUUGGGAGUCAGGCCUGUAACUAGGAUUUUUUCUGUUCCUACCUGGUUACGGGCCUGUUGA